CGGACUUCAUAUAUAGCAGUGAGCCUAUUUCUGUGUCUUCGCAUUUCACAUCAAGAUCUAGACUAUAAUAACGUGUAACAUGCAGGUUCCACGGCAAAGUUGUAUUGCGUUGUUCUUUUGUUUUAUCGUCUGUGUGUGCUGUCAGUCUCAAUAUAAAUCUGAAGCACAAAAGAAGCGAGAUUAUCUGGCUCAACAACAACAGGAAUGGCGUGACAAAACCGACCGUGUACCGGGAGGGGAAGUGAACAACCCAUACGUGGCCUAUCAACGGUACCAAAACGUCUACAAUCAAUUGAGGUCAGGAUCUGAGUUUGCAGAGCCAAACAGGGACGGCAUGGGACGCACCGCCAACUCCAAGGCGUACGGCACACAUGCGAUUGCUAACCAAGGGUAUCCAAAUAGCGACCCAUAUUACAACGCCAACGCCAAUCGACGCUGGUAUAAGGAAACAUACCGCGAUAAAAACAAUGACGAUUCAGAUGGUUACUACAAACACGAUGAUCACUGGCACGCUGAAAAUAUUGAUCCUCGCUAUGGCUCGCCACUUGGACGCGACGGAAGGUAUGAUACUAACUAUCGUACCAACAGCAAAUAUUAUAGAGAUCAGGAUUAUAUCAAUCGUCAGAACGCACUCAACGCCGGGACGGCUGGCAGUAAAACUGGAUACGCAAAACCCGGAUAUUGUCCAAUUAUAUCCGAGAAAUUAGCUGGAAACUGCCGAAAGAUUUGUAAUUCGGAUAAAGAAUGUCCGGGAUACAAAAUUUGUUGUCAGAAUUCGUGCGGUGGUACGGCUUGUUUGGACCCGUUAGAUGAGGAUCCAUGCAAGGACUAUCAGUGUCCACUUCCGGGACAAGUGUGCAUUAAUGAAGGCUCGCAUGCGUGGUGUGCAUGUGAGGCUAUAUGUCCUGAUACGUAUGAACCGGUGUGUGGAGACAACAAACAAAUGUACAACAACAAGUGUUACAUGAAUAUGUACGCCUGUGAAUUUAAAACAAAUAUUAAUGAGAUAGCUUGCGAUGUGCUCGGAAUUAAAGUCGAUGCGAGGCAAUCGAGAUAUGGAUAUAAUUCAGCAACACAUACAGAGGGCGCUGCAAUGAUAACAAUUGCGUUAGCGUUAAUAGCGUGCAUAUUGCAGAUGGUACAGCUGGUGUGGUGAUGGUACUGAUGACUUUCUGGUGACGUCAUAGAGGAUGAGUCAUGUGUAUGAAACACCAGUUCUCUUCAAUCACAGUAAUUCAAUUUCUCGUGUUGUACAUUUACGGGAAUGUAAUUAAAAAAUCUACGAAUUUAAACAAACGCGUUCAAUAUGAAAACAAUAUGAUAAUUGUUUGGUGAUUUCACCCAAUGGUAUAUUUUUUGGUGGUGUACACUCCAGUAUAUUUUCCGCUCAGAUGUGCGUACACUUUAAACACUUACGUGACUGCCAGUAGUAACUGUAUUU